AUGGUUGAGUCGGUGACGAGAAUGCUGGACCGCUGGACUCACCUAAUCAACUCCAGCAAGCCAGAAAUCGACGUUGAGAAGGAAAUCAUAAGCACAGGUGGAGAGAUCAUCGCAAAAACAAGUUUCGGCAUGAGUUAUGAAAAUGGAAGAAAAGUGUUAGAGAAAUUAAGAGAACUGCAAAUCACUCUUUUCAAGUCCAACCGCUACGUAGGGGUACCCUUUAGCAACUUCAUGAACCCUAAACAAACCUUAAAAGCCAAAAAACUUGGUAAGGAAAUCGAUUCCCUCCUCUUAUCCAUAAUCACAGCUCGAAGCAAAUCCAGCAAAAGGCAUCAUCCUCAGCAAGACUUGCUCGGUCUACUGCUAGCAGAUAAUAUGGUGGACAGCAGUCUCGGAAAACGGGCCUUAACCACCAGGGAACUGGUUGAUGAGUGCAAAACUUUUUUCUUCGGCGGCCAUGAAACCACCGCAUUGGCGGUGACAUGGACUUUGCUCCUCCUUGCACAGCACCCUGAGUGGCAAAAUCAGCUGAGAGAAGAAAUCAGAGAAGUGAUUGGAAAUGAAGAAAUCGAUGCAGCAAAUAUUGCAGGACUAAAGAAGAUGGGGUGGGUGAUGAAUGAAGUUUUACGUUUAUACCCUCCAGCUCCUAACGUACAAAGACAAGCAAGACAUGACAUCAAAGUGGACAACCUCGUAAUUCCCAAUGGCACAAACAUGUGGAUUGAUGUUGUAUCGAUUCACCAUGACCAAAAUCUCUGGGGACAAAGCGAGAAUGAAUCCAAACCAGAAAGAUUUAAGGAUGAUAAUAUGUAUGGAGGAUGCAAUCACAAAAUGGGAUUUUUGCCAUUUGGAUUUGGAGCGGAGCUUCCAAAUUGUGGAAUUUCAGAAAUGAGCACCUUUACCGCCACUACGUCGUGGUUUCCGAGCUCCUUUCAGCUCAAACUGGCGCUCAAUUGCCGGAAAUAUCCGCCGAUUUUUGUACACACGCGGUUUCAGAAGCUCGAUCGCCACGGUUUGAAGUUCGUGUCGCUGGUGGUUCGGAAUAGUGCGGUUAGUGGUAACGGUGUGGAACAGCGCCGUUCUGGGAAUUCUCCGUGGAUGAAUUCGAAUUCAGAUAAUUCCUCCGGUUGGUCCAAUGCUGAAGGUGAAGAACGAUCGGGUGACUCGCCGCCCAAGCAAUCGCUUGCAGGGAUACUGGGAGUAGGAGUUGCUGGGAUUCUUUUCAUCACAGGACUUACUUUUGCCGCAUUGUCUAUAAGCAAGCGAGGAACUUCAAGAGUGAAACAGCAGAUGGAGCCACUGACAACACAACAAGAAGAGUCAUUGUCCUCUGAUAAGCAUCUUGAUGGUGUUGAAGGGGAACAAAAUUUGGACAAACUUGAGGUGCAAGAGAGUAGCAAUCCAGAAAGCAAGACAGUUGCAUAUGUUGAUCCUUCUUCAGGUAAAAAAAAUAGUGAAGCUACUGGAAGUAGAAUUAGUGAUGGUACUAUUGCAGGACAGUCACCUGAAGAUUGGUCUAUUCAAAAAGCUGCCCAUAGUGAAUCAGCGAUUAGUGAUAUUUUGGUUGCUCCUGAAGUGACCAAUGAACCACCAGAAUCUGAUACCGCUGUUGAUUCUUUAGCAGCCUUAAACAUUCAGAGUGAAAGUGGUAAUCCUACUCCCAAAACCAAUGAAUCAGAUGCAGAGAACCUUCUUGACAACUUUUUUCAUGAUCAGUCAGAUUCUAAUUCUAAUUCAGAACAUUUAAGCACUGGCGAAGGUGGGGCAUCUGGCUUAGGCAUCAUCCAUGAAGAGUAUAUGGAUGAUAAAAGCUCACUUUCAACCAAGGAUGUCGAGCUGAGCAAUGUUCUUGGGGUAUCAGUUGACAUGGAUGAUUCACAUCCUGAUAUGGAGAACACAAAUGGAACUGCCUCAAGUGGAGCUGCUUUGAUGCCUGAAGCAGCUUAUCUACUUGCAUAUGAAAAACAUAGCAAUGAUUAUAAUGAUAUCAAUCUUACAAAUCCUGGAAACUUUUUUACUUCAGCUGGUAUUCCUGCUCCAUCUGUUGUUUCUGCAGCUCCACAGUCACUUCCGGGAAAGGUUUUGGUUCCUGCUGUGGUCGAUCAACUUCAAGGUCAGGCAUUAUCAGCAUUGCAAGUUUUAAAGGUUAUUGAGGCUGAUGUUCAACCAGGAGACCUAUGUACUCGCCGAGAAUAUGCUCGUUGGUUGGUUUUAGCAAGCAAUGCUCUUUCAAGGAACACAUCUUCAAAAGUCUAUCCGGCGAUGUACAUUGAGAACAUUUCUGAACUUGCAUUUGAUGACAUUACACCUGAAGACCCUGAUUUCCCAUCCAUUCAAGGGUUGGCAGAAGCUGGACUCCUUGCCAGCAAGCUUUCAAGACGUGACAUGCAGUCAUCUUUAGAUGAAGACACAAGUCAAGUAUUCUUCUCUCCUGAAAGCCCUUUAUCUCGUCAGGAUCUCGUGAGUUGGAAGAUGGCCCUAGAAAAAAGGCAGCUACUAGCAGUAGAUAUAAAGACCUUGCAGCAGCUAUCUGGUUUCAUAGAUAUUGACAAGAUCCACCCAGAUGCAUGGCCUGCACUAGCAGCUGAUUUAGCAGCUGGAGAACAGGGGAUUAUAACCUUAGCACUUGGAUAUACAAGAUUGUUCCAGCCAGAGAAACCUGUAACAAAAGCACAAGCUGCUAUUGCCCUUGCAACUGGUGAUGCUUCUGCCAUUGUUAGCGAGGAACUUGCACGUAUUGAGGCAGAAUCCAUGGCGGAAAAAGCUGUAGCUGCUCAUAGUGCUCUAGUUUCUCAAGUUGAGAAAGAUCUCAAUGCAAGUUAUGAAAAGGAGCUUUUUCUGGAAAGGGAAAAGAUUAAUGCUGUUGAGAAAUUGGCAGAGGAUGCAAAACGAGAACUUGAGAGGCUGAGGGCUGAACGGGAGGAAGAAAAUCUUGCCUUGAUGAAGGAACGAGCUGCCGUUGACUCAGAAAUGGAAGUUCUUUCCAAGUUAAGGCGGGAGGUGGAGGAGCAGUUGCAGACCCUUAUGAGUAAUAAGUUGGAGAUUUCCUAUGAAAAGGAAAGGCUUAACAAGCUCCGGAGGGAUGCAGAAACUGAGAAUCAAGAGAGAUCACGGUUACAGUAUGAGCUGAAAGUUGAGCGAAAAGCUUUAUCCAUGGCUAGAGCUUGGGCUGAAGAUGAAGCGAAAAGGGCAAGGGGGCAAUUAAAAGUCCUGGAGGAGGCCAGAGAGCGUUGGGAGGAGCGAGGUCUUAAAAUUGUGGUCGACAAUGAUCUACGUGAAGAAGAAGAUGCCGGAGUUACAUGGCUUGCUACUGGAAAGCAGCUCUCAGUCGAAGGAACCAUUGAAAGGUCUGAAAACUUAGUGGACAAGCUUAGGGUGAUGGCAGAUGAAGUGAGAGAGAAAUCAAAACAUACUAUUAAAAAAAUCAUCGAGAAAAUACUCUUCUUGAUAUCAAUUUUGAAGGAGAAGUUCUUAAAGAUGAGCAGGGGGGCAGCAGAGAUGAAAGAUGUUGCUAAAUCGAAAAUGGAAAGUUCUUUACAAGAGGUAAGGCAAAAUUCUGUUGAAUUUACUUCAGCUGUUAAGGAAGGCACUAAGCGAGUUGCUGGAGAUUGGAAAGAAGGGGUCGAGAGAUUAUCCCAGAAGUUCAAGACAUGA